GGUUUGAGCGCAGGGGGAGGGUGCGGGCUGGCGGGUGGUGGGCAGCCGCGAGGCAGCCGGGGCUCUUCGGUGCGCGUCUUCGCGACAAGGCAGCGGCCAUGCUGUGCUAUGUGACCAGGCCGGACGCGGUGGUGAUGGAGGUGGAGGUAGAAGCCAAAGCCAACGGCGAAGACUGCCUCGACCAGGUUUGUAGACGAUUGGGCAUUAUAGAAGUUGAUUACUUCGGACUCCAGUUCACAGGCAGCAAAGGAGAGAAUUUGUGGCUGAAUUUGCGAAAUAGAAUAUCCCAGCAGAUGGACGGUCUGCCUCCUUACAGACUGAAACUACGUGUCAAGUUCUUUGUGGAGCCCCAUCUCAUAUUGCAAGAACAGACAAGGCACAUGUUUUUCUUGCAUAUAGAGGAGGAUCUUCUGGCUGGUAAUCUUCAGUGUUCUUCUGAACAUGCAAUUGAACUUAGUGCACUACUUGCACAGUUGAAGUUUGGUGAUUAUAAUCAAAAUACUGCCAAAUAUCAUUAUGAAGAGUUCUGUACAAAGGAGCUUACCACUACUGUUUUGGACAGUAUUACUGCAAAGCAUAAGGAACUUGAAGGCCUCACCCAAGCUUCAGCAGAGUAUCAAGUUUUACAGAUUGUGUCAACACUGGAGAACUAUGGGGUGGAAUGGCAUUCUGUUAGAGACAGUGAAGGGCAGAAACUUUUUAUUGGUAUUGGUCCUGAGGGUAUUGCCAUGUGUAAAGACGACUUCACUCCCAUCAACAGGAUUGCAUACCCAGUUGUUCAGAUGGCAACACAGUCUGGAAAGAAUGUGUACUUGACUGUCACAAAGGAAUCUGGCAAUAGCAUAGUUCACCUUUUCAAGAUGGUCAGCACCAGAGCAGCUAGUGGACUGUACAGAGCGAUAACAGAAACACAUGCAUUUUACAGGUGUGACACUGUUACUAGUGCUGUUAUGAUGCAGUACAGUCGAGACUUAAAGGGCCAUUUAGCAUCCUUGUUCCUGAAUGAGAAUAUUAAUCUCGGCAAAAAGUAUGUGUUUGAUAUUAAGCGGACAUCUAAGGAAGCUUAUGAUCAUGCAAGGCGAGCCCUUUACAAUGCUGGCAUUGUGGAUCUUGUUUCGAGAAACGACCAGAGCCCGCCCAGUUCUCCCCUUAAGUCUUCAGAAAACAGUAUGAACUGUGAUAGCUGUGAAGGUCUCAACUGCCAGCAGAUGAAAACUCUUCAAGAAAAGUUACGGAAGCUUAAAGAAUCCCUACUAUGUAUGGUAUGCUGUGAAGAAGAAAUAAAUUCAACAUUUUGUCCAUGUGGUCACACCGUGUGCUGUGAGUCAUGUGCUGCACAAUUACAGUCAUGUCCAGUUUGCAGAUCUCGAGUAGAGCACGUCCAGCAUGUGUAUUUGCCUACCCACACCAGCCUGCUUAAUCUGACAGUAAUAUGACCUCCAUGUUAUCACUGGAAGAUGUACACUAUACAAGCUUCUAAACUAUCUUGUACUUCCAAAAUACUGCACUAAUGUUUUCCCCCGACUCCAUUGAUGGUGAAGGUGAGCAGUCACUUCAGCAUCUGCCAGCAAUUAUAGUCAAAACGACCGCUACAAAACUAUGGGGGGAGGGAGGGAAGAAUAGAGAAUGAUCUCUGUUCAGAGUGUUUGGAGAAUUAGUUUUAUGGGUAUACUGUGAAUGACUUGUAGACAACCUCAUGUCACAUGAAACAACAUUUAUUUAUAAAAUGGCAAUAUACAAAAAAAAUUCUGAGGAGGAAAGAUGAAAAGUUACUCCGUAGUAUCCAGCAAGGGCAACACUGCCUGUUUUUUGCAAUUAUAAAUAUUGUUUUUAAAGUUACUUUAUUUAGCAUGAUCACUCCAUUUAUCUUUUAGGAAAACUAGUUUUUUAAUAUCUACAUCUGUUAUUUCACAGUAACUUAGUUUCUGCUUUUAGUCUCACUGAAGAAACUAUUUUUAAAUCUUUGUAUUUAAGAACCUAAGAUUGCAAAGCUUUAAGCAAAUAGUAGUAUUUGUUUACUAUACAGGUUUGAGUAAAUUUGGCAGCCUGUUGGGCACCUCCUGAGAAGAAAAUGCUGAAAUGCAUACAUUAAAAAAGUAACUUUGAACAUCUUUGAAACAUUUUUCUCUUGCAAGAGUCAGUUGUUUCUCUUGUACUUGUUUCUGUUUAUCUGCCUUGUGUUGGGAGAAACGUAUUCUCAAAAAGUAUAAUGUUAAUAUGGUUUUCUAAAAUGCAGCUGUGUUAAAUUAUUCUUUCUUAAAACCGUCUUACCUUCUACCACAAACCCUGUCCCUGGGCAUUUUGGACUUUGGUCAGCUAGUGAAUGCUCCAAAAUAUUGAAAACUAGAUGACCAUGUUUGGGUGCAAUACUAGCUAAAAAGAAAGCUAGAAAAGUCACUUUACUGAGACUUUCUGAAUAUACUUUUCAUAUUGCCUUAAUGUAGCAGUAAUGUGUGUAUGCAUUUGUUUCUUUGCACAGACAUUUUGUCAAAAUAUUAAAGCUCUACUUUUUUAUGGCACAUUAGCGUAUAAACCUUACCCCAAAAGGUAUUUAUUUUUUCACUUUGUAAAAAGUUUUCUUUCCACAUGAAGCAAGAACUCCUAUUAUGGUAGACAACUUGUCUUUUUUAUAUAUUCAGGUUAAUAAAGAACUUUUUAAUAUACAGAA